UUAUAUAAAUUUAAGCCUUGUUAUGGCAACACUGUUAUAAGAAUUGUUUGAUAAUUAUAUAAAAAUAUUUAAUAUCAUUGUACGACACUUCCAACAUAUUAAAACUAUACACAAUGUACGAAGCAGUAGUUUUAAAAAAAGAUAUACUUCGAAAAUAUGGUAGUACUCCGGCUGGUAGAUUAAUUUUUGCUAUAAAGUGUAUGGUACCGCCUAUUAUUACUGGAGGCUGCAUUUUCAUAUGAAACAUAUAAAAUGAAUGAACAUUCAGGAAGAGGUCAAAUCUCACACAAUACAUCUUUAGAGUCUCAAGAUGACAGUAUAUUAGAUUUUAAAAGUCCAAGACAAUCUCCUAGAAUAAAAUUAAUUGAAUUAAAUCAGUGCAUUGUAUAUCGAAAAGAUAAGACAGCUGUAACACUUAAGAAUUCUAUUAAAAAUCAAAAAGUGAUAAAGCAUAAACAACAUUUAGGAAAAAAAGAAAAUUUACAUAAAUCACAACCUUCAAUAGAAUCAUCAUUUUUUAAGUCUAAAAAUAAUUGUGAUGAUAAAACUAUCAUUACUGAUGUGAAAGUGGCUCUUGUAUGCCCUUUAUGUUUUAAAACAUUUAAAGAUCUUAAUUCUCAUACAUUACAUAUGAAGAUUUGUGCAUACAAGUAUAAAAUACCAACAAAAAAGUUGUUAGAUGCUAUAGAACUUCAGAAACGACAAGAAGAUGAAAGACAGUCAUUAGGUUUACCUGUUGCACCUAUAGUACAAAAUAAAAAGAAACCUACAUUAUCAUGUAAGAUGAGUUCAUAUGAAGAAACUGACUUACAACUUGCAUUAGCAUUAUCAAAAUCACUUCAAGAAACAGAGGAAUUAGAUAUAAUUAACGAAAUUGAAAGAUCACCUAAAACAUUAAAUCAGAUGGUACCAGAAGCAAAUAAAUUAAUUUAUGAAGGCAAGUUGGAAAAAUUUGGAUUUGCAAACAGCAAACCUCCAUUAAUAUCAAAAAAUAAGAGAAGGAAGAAUAAUGAAAUAACUAUACUUCAAACACGUUCUCAGGAAGAGCGAAAUUAUAUUUUGACUGAAAAAAUUUCAGAAAUUCUAAUGGGAAAUGAACUAGUUACUCAAAAUCAAAUAGGAGAAAUUAAAUAUAAUGUUGCAAUUGAAAAAAAACGUGGUUUGAGAAGUUGCUUACUUCAGGAAUUUUACAAUAAGGAAGAAAAAUUGUGGAAUAAGGCAAAAUUGUCUCCAAAUCAAAAAUGUUUUUAUGUAACAGAAUUAUUACAUUUUAUAACUCCAGAAGAAAAGCAAAUAGAAGUUGAAACAAUUUUAGAAUAUGCAAAUACAUCUAAUACUCAUGACGUGGAAUUAAAUCAGUACAAAACAAAAUUAUAUAAUGAUGAAAAAAUACAAGAAAUGUCAUGUGCAGAAGUAAAUGUACAAUGUGAAAAUUGUCAUAAUACACAAUUUCUAAAUUCAAUAAUAACAAAUUGGGGUGAUGCACUAAAUGAUAGUUCUGCAAGUGAUAUAAUAAUAUUUGUUAAUAGUGGUAAACAUAUUUGGGCACAUAAAUUAGUUCUUUAUGUGCAGUGUUCAAACAUACUACUUGAUAUUACACCUAAUGAUACUUUAUUAUGUACUACAAUUAAGGACAAAAUUUCUUGGACAGAUGUAUCUUAUAAUAUUGCUUUAGCAUUUUUGGAAUUUAUUUAUUGUGGGACUAUAAAAAAAUAUUUAAGUGUUUUGGACAAUGUUACAAAUUUUGCAUUUUUAAGAAAUCUUGCAAGAAGAUAUAGAGUAAAAAGAUUGUUUGCUUUUUUAGAAGGAAAAAAUGUUAAUAUGAAGCAAGUAAAAACUCUAAUGCACAAUAAACAAGAGCAAGAAUUAAAUCCUAGAAAAAAAGAUAACUUGGAGUUAACUAACAAUAACGUAGAAAACUUAACCUGUGAUAUUAAAGAUUCUAAAUUAGAUGAUGAUAUGGAAAAAUUAAAUAAGAAACACUUAGAGAAAUACAUUAUAGAUAAAUCAGAAUUUGUUGAAAUUGAAUUACAAAAAGAUGACGUUACAGAAGAAUUGUUGCAUAAAGAAAUCAACUGUUUAAAAGAUACAAAUUCUAUACGAAUUGUUAAUGCAUCUCCUGAUUUGUUUGAUGAUGUUAAUGAUAUACUUCAAAGCAAAGAAGAAAAUAUAAAUUUAUUAGCAGAUACUCCAUAUUUCACUACACCAAAAAAAGAGAAAUGUCCAGAUAAACCAAGAAUAAAAAGCAAUCUUAGUAUAUUUAUUGAACAAGUUCAAAAGGAAAAUGCAAGAUCAGAUGUUGAUGUAGAUUCUGAAGUUUUAAUUUUACCAACAUAUUCUGAGAUAAAUAGAAAUCCAUUUAACAUAAAAGAAAAUAAUUCUCCUGUUUAUUCUAUAUCUCAAACAAACACUAUUGUAAAAGAAUCGUUUAAAACAAAAAAAGAUAUUUUAGAGACAUUUGAUUGUGUUGCAAAUUCUAAUUUAAAUAAAAAAAAAUUACAUGAAAAAAAUGAUGAAAAUACAUCUUCCAGUCUGGAAUCAAUAAAUAACAUAAUUCAAUCAUCAGAAUAUAAUGUACAAAUAUGUACAGAAAAGUAUAAGAAUGAUUUAAUGUAUGAAAAUAUGAGAAAUUUAUAUCAGGAUCUCCAACAUAAAAUAGUAUAUUCUGUACCAGAAGAAAAUGGAAAUCAAGAAGAUACAUUUUCAGAUUUUGAUACUGGUGAAGAAUCCAUGUAUUCAAAGUAUAAAAAAGGACAUGAAAUUAAUAGUAUAAUAAAGUAUCGAAAUUUUGUACAAGAACAUAUAUUAAAAAAUAAUGAGAUAAAUAAUACAACAUUUGGUGAGUAUGAAGAUAAAAACAGUAAAGAUAAUAAUAUUUUGUUACUAGACACAGAUAAAGAGACAGGAUUUAAAACAAGUUUAGUAAAAAGAUAUGAUGAAGAUGAAACGAAAAAUAUUAUUUUUAAUUUUAAAAAGUGUAAGAAGACAUCUUUACAAAAUCUGUGUAGUCAUAGUAGUAUGUGCAGUUUAGACAAGUAUAAUUGUUCCUUUACUAAUGUUAUGCCAUUAAGUACUCAAAAAAAUACUUUUAAAAAGCAUAAACCGAAUAAUUCUAAUAAAUUAAGAAGUAUUAAAUCGGAAAGUAAUAUUGAUUUACAAGCAAUUAGAAAAAAUUCACUUACAUUAGCAGAAUCAAAUACAAACAAAUAUGAUUCAGAGGGAUCUGUUGUAUCAGUUCCUUCCAGUCCUGAAUCAGAUUAUAAUGUUUUAAAUGUGUAUAAAUAUGAAGAGAACAAAACAAAUAAAAGUGUUUUAUACUCUGAAAACUCAGACAAUAAUAGUAAUUUCAAAAAUGAUAUUCAUUUGGCAAAUAUUUACAUAGAUAAUAGUGAUGAUAAUAUUAACACUUCGCCAAUUUCUAAAAAAAUUGUAUCUAACAUAACAGCUAAUGAAAAUGAAAAUAAGUUAUCUAUAAUUAAUAAUUCUUUCACAAAACAAUUAAAACACAAUAAAAAAUCACUAACUACAAGAAAAUACAGUAGAAAAAUUCAAAAGAAAUCAGUGUUAGAAAAAAGUUUAUAUAUUAAUACAGAUAGUGUUAUGCCUGAAAAAUUCGAAUUUUAUAAUAAUUCACAAUGUAAAUGUAAUUAUAAAAAAGAAAUAGAGGAUACUGCAUUACCUAAAAUUAUUAGAGACAGUGUUACGCCUCCUCCUAAUUAUAAUGAUAUGAAAACAUUCGAACUUCAGACAGAGUUAGAUAAAUAUGGAUUGAAAAUACAGAAACGAAAAAGAGCUGUGAAAUUAUUAACAUAUAUUUAUAAUGAGUUGCAUCCUACAAUUUGUUCAACAUCAAAGAAUACAAAAUCUGAAUUAACAAUAAUAAGCAGUGAAGAUGAGGAACCACCAAUGAAAAAGAUGAAUCAUAAACAAUGUAAUAUUGAAUUUGUCCAUAAUUAUAACUCUCAAUCGACACUUACCAUGAAAAACACACAUGGACAAUUGUCAAUAAAUAUAAUCGAUGAAGAAAAACAGUUUAAUGAACCUGAAUUCACUUCAGUCAUAGAUAAUACAUUAAAUAUUAAAGAUAUGUUUUUAAAACUUCUUAUUAAUAAAAGAGAAUUAUACAAUAAAAUUUUGUCUUAUGAGCCAGUAUGCAUUAAUUCGUUGCAUUCUAUGUUAAAAAUAGAAGGUUUUAAAUGUAAGCUGAAUACUCUUAUGGAUUUUUUAGAUGAGCAGUGUAUUACAUUUUAUAUGCAAGAAACAAAGUAG